AUGGCAGACGCGAGUUCUUACUUCCCCGAGGCAUACGACUCACUGCCUAGCCUUGCCCAGGCUGAAGCAAAUUACUUCACCGGAUCAGUCGGAGAGCAGAUGAAAAAGAUCAGGAAGCUUUUCAUCGAGGAACAAGUACACGAAGUCUUUGGUGUUCUCCUACUGCACCGGCACUUCCCAAUCGAGCCAACUCAUCGUCUCGUCGAGAUCAGCCCCCUUCUCAAACCCUUAUUCUUCUAUCAGGACAAAGGAAAGGGCAAGCUUGCAAAUGAGGAUAGCCUUAUACCGAGGUCAUAUCGUGUAUUCGGCGAGAAAUUUGUUGCCAUCGAUUUCACCCUUAAAUUAGACUCGUCUACGAAAGCCACCACGUCUAUGAAAGCCACGUCGUUUACGGAUGCCAAUGCGGCAUUCUUUGUGAAAGCUGCCAAGCUGUUCGCUGAGCUUGAAGUGGAGAAAACACUAGGCUUAAGGAUCCUAGAAUACACGAGCGAAUAUUGGGAGUUUGGUUGCACAAUCGGAGACAAAUUGGCUCAUAUGGUCCCUUAUGCUAAAUUCCAAGGCGAUGCUAACGUUGUGGAGACGGUCUGGAGAUUUAACGAUGAUGUAAACAAAGGCAUCGAAUGUGUUGAAUACGGCAGCGGCAAGAAGUCUCAAGAGCUUGCCCCGAAAGAAGACCUUAAAAGAGUUGUGCUUGAAAGCCACCGUCUUUACCAUAAUUAA